AUGCUUGAUAGAUAUUUCAAAAAGUGUUCAAGUGUAAAUCAUCAGACAGGCAACGAUAACAAUAAAAAUAAUGAACCAAUGGGCAUUAUUAACAGGAGUAACGAGGGAUGUUCUAAGUUAGGAGUUGGUACGACUUCCAGGGAGCUAGAAAAUAUGGAUCGAGGAUGUUGUCUAGUCAAAGACGAAGACAGUACGAGUAGCUCAUGCACAGUUUGUAAGCUUGAGACUUUUGUUGAAAAGGACUGGAAAUUUCUGCUUGAAGAAGAGUUUAGAAAGGAUUACUUUUUGAAGAUAAAGAAAGCUCUUCAUUCCACGUCCAUUUUCUACCCGCCUAUUGAGAAAAUAUUCAAUUUUACACAUUUUUCUUCAUUUAAGGAUAUUAAAGUAGUUAUCAUGGGACAAGAUCCAUACCAUAACCCUGGACAGGCAAUGGGUCUUUCAUUUUCUGUUCCAAGAGGCAUAAAGAUACCACCAAGUUUAAUUAAUAUAUAUCAAGAGCUUUCUAAGGACAUUCCUGGAUUUGUCGCACCUGGCCACGGCGAUCUCACAGAAUGGGCAGCACAGGGAGUGCUAUUACUGAACGAUACUCUAACAGUUGAAAAGAACAAGCCAGCAUCACACUCAGAAAUUGGAUGGAAACGAUUUACGAAGAGAAUUCUAGAGUUGAUUAAUACCCGUCUGCAACAUGUUGUUUUUAUGUUAUGGGGUAAUCAUGCAAGACAAAAUGCAAGGUUAAUUGAUGGUGCCAGACACUUAAUUCUUGAGGCUGGCCAUCCAAGUCCAUUUAGUGUGAAAAUGUUUGAAGGAUGCAAGCAUUUUUCUAAGGCAAAUAAGUAUUUAAGUAGUCAUUUGAGAGGAGCAAUCGACUGGAAACUAUCCAAUUAA